GUAAACAGUUAAGAAACACAAGUCGUGUAUGUGUUGUUAUAGAUGUUUGAAGAAUUGUGUGUGACGAAAAUAAAACAUGCGUCCAAUGAAACGUUAAUUUUCGUUUAGUAAUUGAAGUAGUAAAUAUCAAACAACUCGCAUCCAUAAAAUGUAUUAUUAGACCAACAUGUGGAAUAUGUUGGCCAACACUCGAAAUUAAAGUAGCGGAGACAGUGUGCAGCACGAUGUAGUUCUUUUCUAGCAGAAAGAGAGCAUCCUGUGACAGUAUGCCAGAUGGUUUGUUGUUGGGUCCCACAAUCGCAGGCUGGAGAUUUUGGAGUUUCCACUUGCAUGUCACAGCAUUGCACCUGGUGUGACCGGUUCUUAUCCUGUUCAGUGUUGUCACUUCUCUUCUGAUCAAACCCAGUAGACUGGCAGAUGGAUCUUGAACACCUUGAUGUUGUUAUGUUGCCGCAUUUCAUCUCUUGUACCACUCUUCUUUAAGUUUGAUGGUGAUAGGUAAGAUUUAAGACUUCAUUGAAGUUGCUUAGAACGCUAUGAAGCAUAGCAAAAACUUCCGGUUUUGAUGGAAAUAAGUUUAAUCCAGGAUUAUCUACUUAUCCUUUUUAUAUGUUUUGUUUCAUCUAAAGCAUGGGCAGCAGUCACUUGCAUGUAGUUUGGGACAAUCAUAUCUCCAAUUUGCAAACAGUUCUCUACGAAUUCUACAAUCGUCAUAGCUUAGCUGACGUCACAAUAUCAUGCAAGGAUGGUACUUUAAAAGCACACAAAAUAAUUUUAUCUGCCUGCAGCCCGUACUUUGAGACUGUUUUUCAGGAAAACCCGUGUGAACAUCCUGUUGUUAUACUAAAAGAAAUAUCAUGUUAUGAGAUGCAAAUAUUACUUCAGCUUAUGUACCGUGGGUCCACUGAUGUUCCAGAAGAAGAUAUUUCUGAUAUCAUACAAACAGCAAAUGAACUUAAGGUAAAGGGAUUUGUUCAAGCUGCAGUGAAGAAUGUUACAGAAGACACAGACAGACUAGAAAAUGAUUCUGGAAUGGAUCAGCAUAAUUCAUCUACCAUGUUGCCCACUAAUGAUGAUCAUGAGUAUCAGGAUGAAUCUGACUUACAUGUUCUGAAAGACACAAGACAGAAUGGAGAAAAUUAUGGUUUAGAGGAUGAUGUGGAAGGCAGCAAUAGGCUUGUGGACACAAAUGACCAGGUUGACAACUCUACAAGUGAGGUGGAUCAGGAAAUAAUGGUAUCUUCACCAUAUUCAGUGGCAGAACUGAAAUGUAAAUCCAUGAAGCGCCAUCGGAGGAAAAAUGGUUUGAAAACUCGCAGAAAGGCUGUAGAGUUUCAGGAUUCUCUGUCAUGGAGUUCAGAAGAUGAAAAGAUGCUUUGUGAUAGACAAAGAUCGAGACUGCCAAGCAAAACUGAUGACUCUACUUUAAAUGCUUUAAAUGAUGUUGAUACUUCAUUGCAACCACAGUCAAAUUUUACUGAUAAAUCAGCUAUGAAAGAAUUGCGCUGUAAAUCUGUUGAUGACAAAUUUAUUCAUACAAUCCCUGAGAUCCAAAUAAAAGAAGAACAGCUAGGCGCAGUGGAUUAUAGAGUGAUGUCAAUACACAGUGAUACAAGGAAUUAUAAGGAUACCUAUAAGGUGAAACAGAGUGUUUGUGACAAUCCUGUCAGUACCUAUCUCUCAUGCAGUGAUAUUUCUGAUGUUACAACAUUAAUAAGGAGAAGUGAGAUUGCAGCAAAGCCACAUGAAUGUGAAUACUGUGGUUUAUCAUUCAGUCGUGCAUCUCACCUUGCCAGACAUCGCCGUGUCCAUACUGGAGAAAGACCAUUUAUUUGUGUUUUGUGCCAACGAAAGUUUACUCGUCAAGAUAAACUUAGGCUGCAUGUGAUGAAAUACCAUGCUUUGGAUAUAAAAGAUAGGAAAUAUCAGAGUUACAUAUUAACACAAAAGGUUUCCAGUGGUGCAAAUAAUGCAGUAACAGAAGAUGAACUGCGAGAAGUAGGAAGGGGAGAGUCAUCACUUCCAUUUGGAGAUACCAGCUAUUUAUCAUCACUUUCAUUUGGACAGCAGAAACAUACUGACUCAACAGUCAGUGCAGCAGAAACUUUGGACUCAAAUACAGAUGAACUGUUAUAUUCUGUAAGACAACUUGGGGAGUGUACUAUCCAGGCAGUGUCUAAACAGGAAGUUAAUUCUUAAUGCAUACUGUACUCUGAACUUUUCAUAUAUUAAAUGUGAAUGUGACAGUUAAUACCAAAGAUGAUAGUGAUAGUGAAAGAUGUGAUUUUCUUUUCAUUUGGUCAUGAUUUAUUUAUUUUUUUAAUUUUAUUUGGCCUUUGGCAGUGUAACACUAUUUAGGCAUGUGGUUAUGGUUUGUCUUUAUUUCCUUUUUACUGCUUCAUUAUUAGCUUUGUGUGUGUGUGUAUGUGUGUGUGUGUGUGUGUGUGUGUGUGUGUGUGUGUGUGUGUCCCGAGACUGUCCAUUUAUCAGUACACUGAACUCAAAUUUUGGAGGAGUGGAGUCAAAUUCCCAUCUUACCAUCUAGCUGUAAGUUCUGCAUGAUUCCAUUGUUCCAUCUUAGCUUGUAUCCCAUCUCUAAUGAUCUCAUCAUCUUCAACCUGUUAUACCUUAGCCUUCUUUCCUUCUGCUUGUAUCUGCUCUGUAAUGCUUUUUCCAUGAAGUAUUGUGACAAGAGGAGGUAUCAAAAACUAAAGGAAGUUAAUGAAGGUUUCGCAGAAGAUGUGUAAUCAAUACAUACAGGAGUGUAAACAAUUUGGCAGUGUAUGAAAUAUGGUGGUGGUUUUAAAAAUGAAAAGUGAUUUAGAUAAGGACAACAUGGACACUCACAGGUGCCAUCAGCUCUAGUUGCAUUGAUGGACUUUUAGAGAGAAAGUCUGCAGACCAUUAGAAAGUUAGCAAUUUAAGCAGUAGCCUCAGUGCUGUGACUGGUGAAACAGAUGCCAUUAUUAGUAGUUUAUUUUUAUUGUGUAUUUUAUAAAUCUUGGGUUAUGAUAUGUUUUCACAUACUAAGCAUUGUUCCCAUGCAGAUUCAGUGAUUAUAACUCAUACAAGGGUUACCCCCCCCCCCUCCCCCCACCUAAAAAAUGAAAAAAAUAGGAACUAGUUUUUACAAGUUAUAUAUUUUCAAAUUACUUACGAAACAACCUUCUCCCCUUCAAAAUACUCCUCUCCAUUACAACUAAUACAUUUGUCCUACCGAUCCUUCCUCUAUCCAAAACAUUUUUGUAGUAAUCUUUAGAAAUGGCUGGCAGCUCCUCUCUGGUUUUUUCUUGACUUCUUCAGUGUUAGCAAAUUGGUGUCCUCCCAUCCCCUUUUAAUGUGUGGAAAUAAGAAAAAGUCGCACAGGGCCAGGUAAGGCGAGUAACGUGCAUAUGGGGUCUUUUUUGAUGAACCAUAACACCAUGACUCAUUACCAGUAAUGACCUUUGACAGAAAAUCUGAAUCAGUUUCAAGCUGUUGUUUCCAAGCAUGACAUGUUUCAGCUCUACAUUUGUUUUGAUUGCCAGUCAGAAUCUAAGGAAUUAACUUGGCAGCGACCUUUUUCAUUCCCAAAUCUUCCAUUAAAAUGGGCUGAACCGACCUCCGAAAUAGCCCACUAAUCUCUGACAGUUGGUCAAUUGUCUGUCGAUGGUCUGUGAGCACAAGCUCUUGAACUUUUUUAAUGUUUCUGGUGAUUUGGGCAGUUGACGGACAUCCAGAAUGAGGUUUGUCAUCAAUCAACAUGUUGCCAUUUAUAAAUUGAGCAACCACUUUUACACUUGAGUUUUCAGUAGCCUCAUUUUGGUAAGCUGUUUCCUACAAUAAAACAGUUUCAGCAGCAUUUUGACCGAGUAGAAAAAAAAUUUCACAGCUGCGUGUUGUUCACUUAAACUUGCCAUUAUAAAAAAUGAAACAAGAAUGAAACAGUGUUAGCAAAAACAAUCACUGCAGGUGAACAGAACAAGCGAGGUUGACAACAUGGGGGCACUGAACUGGCAAUGAGUUGCGCUAUACACACCUAGUGGCAGAAAUACAUUCUACACAAGCUCCACUAGUCUGUUUUUUGGGUACCCCCAAGUAUAUCAAGAAACCCUUCUGGCCAGCACAGUCAGUUAAUAUUUUUCUAUUACCAACCAGCAUGGCCUUGUCACUUCCUUCUUAUACGGGUAGCCUAACGGGCACAAGUGUAGCAGGCAGUCUGUGUGUUGGAUAAUACAACUGUAAAACAGUGUGUCUGAACCACCUGCUGGGAAAUUGUACCUCUACAAAUUGGUUUUAUAUCACUUGCAUAUUUGCAUUUACAUUCUUUUAGCAGAUGAUGCUCUCUCAAAAUUGUCAUCUGUCAGCAGUUUUCAAGUAGGAGUAAAAUUUUAGUUCUCCAGUUCAUUAUUUCAUUUUGUCAAGAACCAUUCUUCCUUUAUUCCCUUCAUUGAUUUCAUGUUACUCAGGGUAUAAGAAUAGUCUCAUGUAUUCAGACUGAAAAGUGUCCACGAAAUUUCGCAGUAACUGUACAAAACGGUCUGCAUUGCGUUUCUGAUAUAAUCUUUGCUUCAUCCAAGUACUGUACCUCUGCAUCAUAACAUUAAAGUAAGACAUUUGCUAUGACACAAAACUAUUGUGCCUUGGAAAGCUUAGGUAUUAUGUCUGCUAAGGUGUACUCUUUUCUUUCUUACUUAUAAGGAAACUAUAAUUUGUUAAUAUGCCAUAGUUAAACAUAACAUAAACUGCAAAUUGAUAUAUUGUAACUUUUGAGAAAAAUACUAGUAAUUUAGUAUUGUCUUAUUCAUUU